ACCGCCCCGCCCCGAGUCCGCGGCACCGCCCGCUCGCGCAGACCCUGAGCGUGGCCGCAGCGAAGAUGGCGACUGCCAUGUACUUGGAGCACUACCUGGACAGCAUUGAGAACCUCCCCUGUGAACUUCAGAGGAACUUCCAGCUGAUGCGAGAGCUGGACCAGAGAACAGAAGAUAAGAAGGCAGAGAUCGACAUCCUGGCUGCAGAGUACAUUGCCACAGUGAAGACUCUGUCUUCAGAGCAGCGCGUGGCACACCUGCAGAAGAUCCAGAGCGCCUAUAGCAAGUGCAAGGAGUACAGUGAUGACAAGGUGCAGCUGGCCAUGCAGACCUACGAGAUGGUGGACAAACACAUCCGAAGGCUUGAUGCUGACCUGGCACGCUUCGAGGCUGACCUGAAGGACAGAAUGGACGGGAGCGACUUUGAAAGCACUGGACCGCGGAGCUUGAAAAGCAAGUUGGCUGACGUUCUGUUUACUAGUGACUGCAAUUUUGAAGGCUGUCGUCUAAGUGUGCUAGGGAGCGACGAAGGUCGGAGUCAGAAAGAAAAAAGAAGCUCCCGGGGCCGAGGCAGGAGGACAUCGGAAGAGGAUACUCCAAAGAAAAAGAAGCAUAAAAGCGGGUCUGAGUUUACCGACAGUAUCCUAUCUGUGCAUCCCUCUGACGUGCUGGACAUGCCUGUGGAUCCCAAUGAGCCUACAUACUGCCUGUGCCACCAGGUGUCCUAUGGGGAGAUGAUCGGCUGUGACAAUCCUGAUUGUCCAAUUGAGUGGUUUCAUUUUGCCUGCGUGGAUCUCACCACAAAGCCCAAAGGAAAGUGGUUCUGUCCACGAUGUGUUCAGGAAAAGAGGAAGAAGAAGUAGAGAAGAGGCUGUGGUGCCGGGCUGAAGAGCAAGCUGACACAUUUCUUCACUCAUGUUGCAAUAUUAGCUUUCAUUUUAAAACUACCUUAUUUCGACUGAUAUUUAAUAAUUCAGUGGCCAGUUGUAAUUUUGGAUAUUUCCCAAAACAAGAAGCCACUGCACCGUUUGCACAGAACAAUCUAUCUCACAGGGACUUGCCACGGUGACUUUACAAGCAGGCUCCCCCAUCCCUCAACCUCCCAGUACUGGGAAUAGCCACACCACCUGUGGUGUGUGUCAGUUUGGGCUGUAGGCAGAGUGCGUGGUGCAGGGUGGACACAUUUUAGCCUG